AGACUGUGGAGAGAUGCGUUUGUUUCAGAGAGUGGAGGAAAAAUAUCCUUUUUGCCUGUUUGUUUUGUUUUUGCAGAGCUUACAUAGACCUUUCCAAAAUGAUUUCCUCAAGUGAAUAUGGGUCUCAUUCCUGGGAGCUCUUGGUGACAGUUGAUCAUCAGCAUGAAGAGGUACAAAAGGAAUUUUUACUACGGGUCACAGGGGACCUUCAUAUUGGAGGAGUGAUGCUGAAAUUAGUAGAACAAAUCAAAAUAUCACAAGAUUGGUCAGACUAUGCUCUUUGGUGGGAGCAAAAAAAAUGUUGGCUUCUGAAAACCCACUGGACACUCGAUAAAUGUGGGGUGCAGGCAGAUGCUAAGCUGUUCUUUACUACUCAGCACAAAAUGCUGCGGCUUCGCUUGCCAAACAUGAAGACUGUGAGACUGAAAGUCAGCUUCUCUUCUGUGGUAUUCAAAGCUGUCAGUGACAUCUGCAAAAUUCUCAAUAUCAGACGGUCAGAAGAACUCUCUUUGUUGAAGCAAUCAGAAGAUGCACUCAAAAAGAAAAAGAAAAAAGACAAGAACAGCAAAGAACCAGUUACAGAAGAUAUUUUAAACCUGUGCAACUCUCCAGUGAGUUCUGGAUUGUCAGGAAGUCCAGGUUUAUAUAGUAAAACCAUGACACCCAUUUAUGAUCCCAUCAGUGGGACACCAGCUUCUUCUACAAUUACUUGGUUCAGUGACAGUCCCUUGACUGAGCAGAACUGCAGCAUCCUCGCCUUCAGUCAUCCCAACUGUUCUCCAGAAACACUAGCAGAGAUGUACCAGCCUCGGACUUUAGCUGACAAAGCCAAGCUCAAUGCAGGCUGGCUAGAUUCAUCUCGAUCACUUAUGGAACAAGGCAUUCUGGAGGACGAUCAACUUCUUUUACGCUUUAAAUAUUACACUUUCUUUGAUUUGAAUCCAAAAUAUGAUGCAGUGCGAAUAAACCAAAUAUAUGAACAAGCCCGUUGGGCCAUCCUGUUAGAAGAAAUCGACUGCACAGAGGAAGAAAUGCUGAUCUUUGCUGCACUACAGUAUCAUGUAAGCAAGUUAUCAUUAUCAUCAGAGGCACAAGACUUCACCUGUGAAUCAGAAGUAGAUGAAGUGGAAGCUGCACUUUCUAAUCUGGAAGUGACACUGGAAGGUGGAAACGCAAGUAACAUUUUGGAGGACAUCACAGACAUCCCGAAACUUGCUGAUAAUCUCAGGCUAGUUAGACCCAGGAAGCUGUCACUCAAAGCUAUCAAGCCAUAUUGGUUUGUCUUUAAAGACACUUCAGUAUCUUAUUUUAAAAACAAGGAAUCUGCACAGGGAGAACCUAUUGAGAAACUAAACCUAAAAGGAUGUGAAGUUGUACCAGAUGUAAAUGUUGCAGCGAAGAAGUUUGGAAUCAAAUUACUAAUUCCUGUUGCUGAUGGCAUGAAUGAAGUAUAUUUAAGAUGCGAAAACGAGAAUCAAUAUGCUCGGUGGAUGGCAGCUUGCGUUUUAGCCUCAAAAGGCAAAACAAUGGCUGAUAGCUCUUAUCAUCCUGAGGUCCACAAGAUCCUUUCAUUUCUAAAGAUGAAGAACUGGACCAUGUCUCCCCAGGCUGUCUCUGAUCCAGAAAGCAUAGAUAUGAAACCAGAAUGCUUCGUCUCACUACGUUAUACUAAAAAAUACAAGUCCAAGCAGUUGGCUGCUCGUAUUCUGGAAGCCCACCAAAAUGUAUCCCAGAUGUCCCUAGUGGAGGCCAAGCUGCGUUUUAUUCAAGCAUGGCAGUCCCUCCCCGAGUUUGGCUUAUCCUACUACAUUGUAAGGUUUAAAGGAAGCAAAAAGGAUGAUGUGCUUGGGGUGUCCUAUAACAGGCUGAUACGAAUAGAUAUAGCCACAGGAGAUCCUAUCACAACAUGGAGGUUUUCCAACAUGAAGCAGUGGAAUGUGAACUGGGAAAUACGCCAGGUUGCAAUCGAGUUUGAUCAGAAUGUAUCUAUCGCUUUCACGUGUCUGAGCGCAGACUGCAAAAUCAUCCAUGAGUAUAUCGGGGGCUACAUCUUCUUGUCAACCCGCUCCAAAGACCAGAAUGAAACACUGGACGAAGAUCUGUUCCAUAAAUUAACUGGAGGUCAGGAAUGAGGUGAAGUAAACUCUCUUCCCUCUGCCUGCUUCUCCCCACAGCUAAGACGACCAGAGAUGAAACAAAAAUCUCUCUGGUUGUUAAUUGCUGGCUAAUAAAUAAUGUAC